AAUAAGCGCACAAUGUAAAUCCAAGCGCUGCUUAAUUAGUAAGCGAGUUUCAGUCGAAUGCGACGAUUGAUGCAGAUCGAGUGGUGAUUAGGAGCGUCAGCAGAGUGAUACAUUUUUGUUUAUUAAAGUAGUUUUUAUGUGAUUAGUAGGUAUUUAAGAUGAAAAACCUACAAUUUUUUUGGAUGAGCGCAGCUCUACUAAUAGGAUACCUCGCAGUAGCCACUCUCCAACAAUACGAUGAUUUUGCUGAUCUUAGAGGCCCCUACUGCGAAUCUAUCGGUUGCUGUAAUAACAGAGAAGACACAUGUGCACAACCUAUUAUAGGUACAUUAUGUUACUGCGACGAGUUCUGCAAUAGAACAGAUGUACACGACUGUUGUCCAGACUAUUGGUCGUUCUGUAGAGGAUUGGACAUUGUUACGCCCUUACCGCCUCCUACUCGAAGACCAGCCCCUCCCGAACAACUUGUGUCAUGUUAUUUUAAAAAUCAAGUACUUUUUAUCAAUCAAGUUAUCAAAGAUAACUGUAAAACUUGUCGAUGUGUUCCGAGGGGUAACAACAAUCCAGAAAUCAGAUGUGAUCCGGAAAUUUGCAUUAUUGACGAAUACAUUGUCCGCGAGGUAAACACUGGAGAUAAUGGUUGGGUAGCAAAUUCAAACUAUUCUGAUUUUUGGGGACAAACUCUUUCAAAAGGAAUAACAUAUAAAUUGGGAACCAUACAACAUAAAAAAGAUGUAAUGCGCAUGAAUCCGGUAAAACGAUACUACGAUCCUGCAUCAUUACCAAACCGAUUUGAUAGUGCGGAACGCUGGCCUAGGUAUAUCACUGGUAUUCAAGAUCAACAGUGGUGUGGGGCAUCCUGGGCCAUUUCUACUGCUGCAGUGGCUUCCGACAGAUAUGGGAUCAUCUCCAAAGGAAUAGAGGAGGUCACCUUAAGUGCCCAAAAUAUAAUUUCUUGCAUUCCAAAAUCAAAGGGUUGUGAGGGAGGGCGAUUAGAUCGCGCUUGGACAUUUGUACGUAAAUAUGGUGUUGUCGAUGAGUCUUGCUUUCCAUAUACAGCUGCCGGAAAUACAGUCUGCUCCAUAGGAAGAGUUGGCUCACUAAUAUCUACAGGAUGUACUCCUCCAAAAUACAGUAGCAGAGUCGAUAGAUACAAAGUUGGUCCUGCCUAUAGACUGGGCAACGAAACAGAUGUUAUGAAUGAGAUAAUGCUUUCCGGACCUGUACAAGCUACAAUGAAGGUUUACCACGACUUUUUCCUAUAUAAACAUGGAAUUUACCGACAUACCAAUGGGCUUUCUAUGAUUCACCCAGUUGGUUACCAUUCUGUAAGAAUUGUAGGGUGGGGGCAAGAAGCAACACCAUGGGGGCCACAGAAAUUCUGGAAAGUAGCAAAUAGCUGGGGAUCUCAGUGGGGCGAAAAUGGCUACUUCAGGAUCUUGCGCGGUACCAACGAAUGUGAAAUCGAAUCUUUUGUACUGGCAGUGUGGCCCGAAGUUGAUCGACGUGUUUUAGUGGAAAGAUUGUCCAACUGAAAAUAAGAAGAAAUAUGGUACCGCUUUCCGCAAAAAAACUUGAUUACUAUUAACCUUAUACUAAUGAAUACAUAUUUAUAAAUAGGUUACCAAGGCUUGUGGUGCAAUUUUCUUUAAUGUGUUCUUCUUAAAACUGCCAUUAUGUAUUUUCUAUUGAAGACAAGAAGCGCACUGUUGAUAAUAGAAAAAAAAUAUUUAUUUUUAUAUUUUGUAGACGUAACUUUGUUUUUUGUGUUUAGUAUUUAAUAAAUGUGUUUGCUAUA